CGGCGUGGAUUUGUGUCGAAAGUACGGAGGUGAAACUUGGCGCUGACAGCUUGGUGUCGAAUCGGUGGUGAUGAACACUAAAAUGCAUCUUUAAAGCUUCAUUCAUAAGCAACCAUGGCAGCCACCAAAACCUCAAAGGAACAGAGAUACGACAGGCAGUUGAGGCUGUGGGGUGACCAUGGUCAAGAAGCCCUCGAGAAUGCACAUGUUUGUCUCAUCAAUGCCACAGCAACAGGAACAGAGACACUAAAGAACCUAGUGCUCCCAGGUAUUGGAGCUUUCACCAUUGUUGAUGGCCACACAGUUUCUGGGGAAGAUGUUGGAAACAACUUUUUUCUCAGCAGCAGCAGCAUUGGAAAGAACAGAGCACAGGCUGCCACUGAGCUGCUACAAGAACUUAACAGUGAUGUAUCUGGAAACUUUGUGGAGGAGAAUCCAGACAAGCUCUUGGACAACGACCCAGAAUUUUUCCACAGGUUCACCCUGGUUAUCGGUGUCCAGUUGCCAGAAAGCACUUGCUUGAGGCUAGGCUCCGUGCUGUGGAGUGCAUCUGUACCUUUCCUAGUUUGUAAAACCUACGGCCUCAUCGGCUACAUGAGACUAGUUGUGAAAGAGCACACAGUGAUCGAAUCUCAUCCAGACAAUGCCUUGGAAGACCUGAGGUUAGACCAGCCCUUUGCCGAACUGAAGAGCCACAUCCAGUCCUACGAUCUAGAAAGCAUGGAGAAGAAGGAUCACAGUCACACACCAUGGAUAAUCAUUGUUGCCAAAUAUUUGGAGAAGUGGCUCAGUGAGCACAACUCUCAACCACCAAAAAAUUACAAAGAGAAAGAGGCCUUCAGACAGCUUAUUCGACAAGGAAUCUUAAAGAAUGAUAACGAUGUCCCUGAGGAUGAGGAAAACUUUGAAGAGGCUGUUAAGAAUGUCAACACUGCUUUAAACCCAACCAAGAUUCCUACAGCUGUGGAAGACUUAAUCAAUAGCGAGCAGUGUAGCAACAUCACAUCACAGUCUGCAUCCUUCUGGGUGAUGCUGCGAGCCAUCAAGGAGUUCAUUCAGUCUGAAGGCAAUGGCAGCCUACCUGUGAGAGGAACCAUUCCAGAUAUGAUAGCAGACUCUCAGAAGUUUAUCAACCUUCAAAAUGUUUACAGGGAAAAGGCCAUGCAGGAUGCUGCAGCUGUGUCCAAGCAUGUCGAGUGUAUCUUGCAGUCUGUUGGAAAGCCACCAGAGAGCAUCUCUGAAAAGGACAUCAGACUGUUCUGCAAGAAUGCAUCCUUCCUGAGGGUGGUGUGUUGCAGGUCUCUGGCUGAAGAAUAUAGUGUGGACUCAGUAAAUAAAGAUGAGAUCACCUCGUACAUGGACAGUCCAGAUAGUGAGAUGGUCCUCUACCUCAUGCUACGUGCUGUUGAUCGCUUCUACCAGCAGCACUCCCGCUACCCAGGAGUUUAUAAUUACCAGGUGGAGGAAGACAUUAGCAAGCUGAAGCUGUGUGUGAACAGUCUCCUGCAGGAGUACAGCCUCAACGUCAACAUCAAAGAUGAUUACAUCCACGAGUUCUGUCGUUACGGCGCUGCAGAGCCACACACAGUGGCUGCAUUUUUGGGAGGAUCGGCUGCCCAGGAGGUUAUCAAGAUCAUCAGCCACCAGUUUGUGCCCUUCAACAACACCUUCAUAUACAAUGCAAUGUCACAGACCUCUGCUACCUUCCAGCUGUGAACAGCCACCGACCACGAUUGAUUAAAGAAAUAUCUGUGACAGUAGAGCUGGACUGAAAGGAACUGAGUUAACGGCUUGCUUCGGUCAGUCCAUACUGUACACUGCAAAUCAGUCAAUUGAAGGAGGCAAGGAAGAUUACAUUUUAGUACAUUUGGCUGGGGUUACUGUUUACACCAAACACUUGCCAUCCCUCUCUGAACCAAGACGUGCAUCUUGUGAGAGAAAGAUCAAAAUUUAGACUCCUUAGGCGAAACGUAUUGCCUGUCAAACUUUGCCUUCUUUGAAAAUGUUAGGCUUCUGAAGGAGAGGAAAUCAAGGUGGCAUUCUUGGAGGAUUUCCUCCACUUUUUCUGUUCAAAAGACAAACAUAAAGAAAGCUGGAAAAGAAAUUAGAGAAUUCAAACAUUUGAGGAGAACCAUAUAUUUUCAUCUGGGAAAAAUGUAUGAGAUAUUACAGUGUAGCACUCUGUAUAAAUUAGUCAUAUCUAUCAUACUCAGCUAUGACUACAACAAGGUGGAAGAUUUUUGGAUAAAAGGAAAAAGAAAUUCCACUCUUUGAGCACAUUUAGGGUUUGGUUGUCAUGCAUUACAAUGAAAGCAUGGAUUGCUCAACCUGAUUUGUUUGUUUGUUUGUUAGUUUUUUCAGUGUCAAUGGAAAACAGAUCAGUUCUGUGUGGCAAAAAAGUUGCCAUGAUUUCAACUCUGUAUAGAUACAGCCUAAUAAAUACUGUGUUAGUAACCA